AUGGCGGACUCGCUGUCGUCAGGUCUGGGAGAGGAGCAGGAGAAGGAGAAGGAGGACAGAGAGAGGGGCAAAAAGGCAGCCAAAACAGAGAAGACCAACGAGAAGGACGGAGUCACGGAGACGUUGGCGUUCAACGAUAAAAAUGGCGACAGUAAGGGCAAGAAACGCAACCUGUCAGACCUGUCUCUGGUCAGAUUUAUAACUACUGAGCUGACCAGAGGCUACUUCCUGGAACACAAUGAGGCCAAAUACACAGAGCGCAGAGAGAGGGUCUACACCUGCCUCCGCAUCCCCAAGGAGCUCGAGAAGUUGAUGACAUUUGGCUUCUUCCUCUGCCUGGAUGCCUUUCUCUAUGUGUUCACUCUGCUACCCCUCAGGGUGAUUCUGGCCCUUUUGCGACUCAUCACGUUGCCGUGCUGUGGCCUCAGUGGUUCCCGCCUGCUCCAGCCAGCCCAGGUGUGUGAUGUGCUGAAAGGCUUCAUUAUGGUGCUGUGUUACUCUAUGAUGAGCUACGUGGAUUACUCCAUGAUGUACCACCUCAUCAGAGGACAGUCUGUCAUCAAACUGUACAUCAUAUACAACAUGUUAGAGGUGGCGGACCGCCUGUUCUCAUCAUUUGGCCAGGACAUCCUGGAUGCUCUGUACUGGACAGCCACAGAACCCAAGGAGAAGAAGAGAGCGCACAUAGGCGUGAUUCCUCACUUCCUCAUGGCUGUGCUCUACGUCUUUCUCCAUGCCAUCCUCAUCAUGGUUCAGGCAACCACUCUCAACGUAGCCUUCAACUCCCACAACAAGUCCCUGCUCACCAUCAUGAUGUCAAACAACUUUGUGGAGAUCAAAGGAAGUGUGUUCAAGAAGUUUGAAAAGAACAACCUUUUCCAGAUGUCAAACAGUGACAUAAAAGAGAGGUUCACCAACUACAUCCUCCUGCUCAUCGUCUGUCUGAGAAACAUGGAGCAGUUCUCAUGGAACCCUGACCACUUGUGGGUGCUGUUUCCUGAUGUAGUCAUGGUGAUUGCCUCAGAGGUUGCCGUGGAUGUUGUGAAGCACGCCUUCAUCACCAAAUUCAAUGACAUCAGUGCUGAUGUAUACGGCGAAUAUAGAGCCAGCCUUGCCUUUGACCUUGUCAGCAGUCGACAGAAAAAUGCUUACACAGACUACAGUGACUCAGUAUCCAGAAGAAUGGGCUUCAUCCCGCUUCCUUUAGCUCUGCUGUUGAUCAGAGUCGUGACCAGCUCAGUGAAGAUCCAGGGUUCGCUCUCCUUUAUGUGUGUGCUGCUGUUUUACCUGGGGAUGAUCACUCUGAAGGUGCUCAACAGUAUCGUUCUGCUUGGGACGUCCUGUGUGUUCGUCAAAGAGGCCAACAUGGAAGAAAAGCUCUCGGACCCUCCUCCCUCUGUUGUCUCCAGCCGCGCAAACUCGAGAGCUCACCGCACCAAACACUUUCACACUUCACCACAGCAAGAACCCGCAACUGACAAGGGAGGAAUAUCACUGGCAGCAGACAAUCCUCCACCCCCCAACGUGGCAGAGACCUCUGACCCAAUACUCCCCAAGAGCGACUCGGACACAUUCCUGACCACACCCGACGAGGAAGACGAUGACAAAAUCAUUAACGCCGACACAGGACUGGAAGGGGACAGACUUGAACACAGAACGCCCAAGAAAGAUUUGCUGGAAAUAGACCGUUUCACCAUCUGUGGCAACAGAAUAGACUGAAUGUCGCAUAAAACAACAAGGCAGUGUGUCCUGCUUGCUGAAAAACAGCAAGUUUCAGGGAUCAGACGCGGGUCAUGGAGCAUGCUCAGACCGGACAUAGUUUUGUGCACCUGACCCCAAGAGUAUUUAUUUAUUUAUUACUGACAAAACCAGCAAAGGCAUAACGCUGUUACUUCAAGCAUCAGAGGCCUCGUCGAUGCCUCGUGAACCAGGUCGGCUUUGAGGAUGAGUCUCGGUUGCCGUGGCAAUCUGCACACAUGCUUGCUGAUGAUGAUGAUGAUGGUUAAAAACUGGCAUGCAGAGCUGGAGCAGAGCACGAAGAGAGAGAAACAAAAUCUGCACAUGUGAAAUAGUACAAUGUGGGUGGCUGUGUGAUUCAUAGGAACAUGACAGCUGGACUGUGCAAGUACGUGUUCAAAAGCACAACCAUAUGUACAGCGCAGAGUUGUUUUUAGAAAGAACAAAGCUUUUUAAAAACAAAUUUGAUUUUGAUUUGAAUAUUUGAAAUGAAGUUUUUAUUAAGAAUAUUAGAAUAUAGAUUUUUUUUUUCUAAAAUCGACCUACAGGAGUAAGACACACAAUCGAACAUUGUUAUAAUAAACACAUUGUUGAAAUCUUAAAAUUGCUCUGCAGACACACACUCUCCACCAACACGCAUUUGAAAAAGACCUGGUUUAAAGUGAGCUACUGUGAUGAGCCCAGAUGUCCAUAGCUGUCAGACAUGGCAGCAGUGACACUAAGUACAAUCAUAUGUGCAAUGGCUUUGGUCACAGAGGUGACUUUACCUAUUAGACAUGGAUAGUUUGGAGGUUUUAGUAUCAUGCAGUUUGUAUUGAUCUUGUUACUUUGAAGCACUGAGAUAAGAUGGUGCCCGUUUGUAAAGACAGAAUUAUUUAUUUUGAAGUGGAUUCCAAGCCUGACAAGUUUGGAAGAUAUUUCUUUUUUAAGUUUUAUAUUUUUUCCCAAUAUGCUUCAUGUGUACACUCAUCAUUCAAGCAUGUAGCCUACAGAUAAUCACGUCCUGGUGUAACACCAUUGUGUUCUUGGUCUUGUUUCAAAUUCAUGGUGUGUGACCCUGGCAUACCACCGUCAAGUUAACAUGUUUUGCAAUUCUUUACCAUUAUCUUGACAAUGAUGAAAAUGAUUGAGAUUACAUGUAUGCAGGUGAAAUGUUUGAGGAUACCUGAAGGCUGAUUAGGGUGAAUCACCUGUCAAUAACAAGAAUGAAGAAGGAUCAUAUGAGCAGCACUGUGUGAACCCAGCAAUUUGUCAUUUGCCAGAGAGCAGUUGUCCGACAAAGGUUGCUGGCAUUGUUUGCUGUGGUCAUCUGCUGCUGGCUUUGGUUAAUGGAAGAAACUCUUUCCAAAUGCUUGUGUACCCAACAGUCUUUUAAAUGCUAUAAAAGCUGAAGGCACUGUUUGACAAAUUAAGUGGAUCAUGGAUCUCUGAAGUGCCAGGAGUUGCAUGUCCUGGGCAAAAGAGAAAGUCCAACCUAGCCCCAAGUUUUGCCUCUCAUGUCAAUACCCCCAUUUCAUUAGAUUCAAGCCACAGUGCUCACAAACACAUUCUGUUUUUCAAAAAGAUACCCAUUGUUUUUUGGAAAACACUGGUCUUCUAACAAUCAAGACUUUAACUUGUUUCUCCAAGUUGCAACUCUGUUAAAGUUGCUAGAUUUGCUUUGUGAACCAAAAUUAGUUAAUUAAUAGAUAUACAAUUUCUCUAUCGUUUACUGUAACUGUAUCUUAUUUUAAGUUUUUAUACAUUUAUUAUUUGUUAUUUUUCCUGAAUCAAGCAAAAGGAUUAGAAAGAUCAUAAAUUAAUAGACUAGGAUUUAUAGUUGCAAUUUUGAAAAUAGAUUAAAUAGAUGGCAAACAAUCCCACACAGGGUCUUUCACUUGUACUCGUAUUAACGAUAUUUCGAUCCUCAUGUUUCGGUUAACUGACCAUCCUUUUUUUUUUUUUUUUUUUUUUUUUUAAAGAUUCCCUGAAAUUCAUUGUUCAGAAAAAAAGAUUACAUGAGAGGCACAAUCUAGGGUUAAAUGGAUAGUUUGGAUAUUUUGAAAUGGGAUCGUAUGAGGUAGGCUUAUCCGUAGUCAGUGUAUUACCUACAGUAAAAGCGGUCGGCACGCCCCCAGUUAUGAGAAGCAGG